UGUAACAAUUCAAGUGCUACAUGUUUCGAUUUCUCUUUAAGCAAAGUUUUGGUCUUAAGUUUGGGAAAAAGCUGAGAUUGAGAAUAUAAUAAUGCAAAUGUUUCCAUGAUACAAGAAUUGAAAGUUGACUUCUAAUUUGUCUGCCUGGUUCAAAAAAAAGACUAAGAUAAAAGUGAGAUCUGAAUUGAGACGCUGCAUAAUCUGAAGCGAAGCAGUGAUCAACUAAUCAUCAUAUCAUAUCAUAUCAUAUCAUGUCAGUGGCUGUAAGUUUGUGCAAAUCUGCAGCUAACAAAGUUGUGGAAAAACUAAGCUCUCUGCUCAAAGAGAGAUACACCUUGUACCUCUCCUUCGAGGACGACCUCAAGAAGCUCCAAAGCGACUUGUCAGCUAUCUCAGCAGUUCUUCAUGAUGCAGCAGAGAAACCAACAACAACGCAGAGCCACAGCGUUCAGGACUGGUUGGGGAAGCUCCAUGACACCCUGCACGAUGCAGAAGACGUGUUGGAUGACAUCAACGCUGAAGCUUUGAGGCAGAAAGUGGUGGCAGAAUGGCGCUUCGUCACACUGGUUAGAAACUUGCUCUUCCUCUCUGGGAUUGAUGCUAGAAUCAAGGAUAUUCGAGGGAGGAUUGAUGAUAUAGCGAAACAGAGGAAUAGUUUUCGCUUGCAGGAACCGGAUCGUGAUGGCGAUCGCGAUCGUGAUCGUGAUGUGGUUUUUACGCGAAGGCGGAGGGAGCAGGCGCGAUUCGCGGAGGUUGUUGGAAGAGAAGGGGAUCAGAAAGAGGUUGUGGAGCGGUUAUUUGGAGGAGGUGAGGGUGUUUUUGCUGUUCCUGUUGUGGGAAUUGGGGGUUUGGGGAAGACUGCACUGGUUGAUUUGAUUUUUGAUGAUGAUAGGGUUAAGAUGGGUUUUGAUUUUAGGGUUUGGGUGGAUGUGUGUGAUGAUUUGAAUCCAGAGAGGAUUAGGCACAAGAGAAUCACCAGAGCAGUGGACUGUCGCGAUGAAAAUGUCCCUGCCAUGGACUUGUUGUCAAGCCUGGAGUAUAAACUGAGGGGUAAGAAGUUCUUGCUUGUCAUUGAUGAUGUUUGGAAUUGUAAUAGGGUAGACUGGCUUGUUCUGAAGAAAUUGUUAGGAAAUGGGGAUAGAGGAAGCAGGAUUCUGGUGACGACGCGCUACAAAAUCACUGCAUCCAUCAUGGGUGAGAAUAGGGGAUUGUAUGAGUUAGGUGGAUUAGCUGACGGUGAUUGUUGGUGUUUGUUUGAGAAAUGGGCAUUUGGGGAGGGAGAAAGUGCCUGUCAUCCAAAUCUGGCAAGAAUAGGUCAAGAGAUAGUGAUGAAAUGUGGUGGGGUGCCCUUAGCCAUACGCACUUUGGGUGGAUUACUGUCUGGAAGCAAAGAGGAAUCUUAUUGGUUGUCUGUGAGAAAUAGUGAUACUUGGGGUAUUGGCCAUAUAGCUGAAAGUGAAGAUGGUAUAUUGUCAGUGCUCAAGUUAAGCUAUGAUCAAUUGCCAUUGGGGUUGAAAGAGUGUUUUGCAUAUUGCUGCUUACUUCCCAAAGGGAGAGAAUUUGAUAAGCAAGAUUUGAUCCACUUAUGGAUGGCUCAAAGUUUCAUUCAUUCUCCUGAUCAAAGUGACCAACAACAAUUAGAGGACAUUGGGAGUUGGUAUGUCAAUGAGCUUGUGUCGAGAUCUAUUUUUGAUGUCGUAAGAGAGAAUCAUAAAGGUGAAAUAGUGGAGUGCAGGAUGCAUGAUCUAUUGCAUGAUCUUGCUAAAUCAGUGGCAGAAAGCUUGAUGGCUAGCUCCGGCACUACUGCAAAUAACACCAGACACCUUUCAUUGUGGGAUACAGAAGUUCCAACUUCAUAUCUCAAUUUACCAAAGUUGAGAACACUUGUUUUGCACACCAAAUGCUCAGAAUCCGAAUUGCACGCACUUUUAUCCGGCUCAACUUACUUGCGCGUGUUGGAUUUGAGCCACUCAGGACUAAAACAUGUGCCAAGUUGCAUUGGUAACAUGAAACAUCUGAGGUAUCUAAAUCUAAGUGGCAACCCUGACCUUCAGUCUCUUCCUGAUUCCAUUUGUGGGCUGCAUUUUCUACAGACUUUGAAGCUAUCAGGGUGCAGAAGAAUUAGCACAUUCCCCAGAAAUUUCAGUCACUUGGUUUCACUUAGACAUUUGGUGAUAACCACUCCAUAUGUUUGGGAGAAACAACUUGGGACUUUAACCUCCCUUCGGUGGUUAACAAUUGAAAACUGUAGGAACCUCUUGUCUUUGACUGAAGUGACACAGCACCUCGUUGCCCUUCGGACACUGCGUAUCCACAACUGUAGUAAAUUAACUUCAUUGCCAAGUAGUUUGAAAAACUGCAUUGCCCUUGAGGAUUUGGAGGUUGUGAACUGCCCCAAGAUGGAAUCUUUGGAGAUUUGCAUGCAGGGUCUGUCUAGUUUUCGCUCUUUAACCAUCAAGGGUCUACACAAGCUGACAACUCUACCCAUGAAGCUUGAAUUUUAUGCGAGCAGUCUUCAGUACCUGAUCAUCAUAGAUUGCCUUAGUCUCAUGAAACUGCCUGAUUGCGUGGGGAAUCUCUCAUCACUGAUGCGUGUACACAUUAGAUAUUGCCCCAACCUGCAAAAUUUGCCACAUGGGUUCUCUCACCUUAGUGCUUUACAAGUCUUGAAAAUUGAUGGGUGUCCCCUUUUAAGCACAAGAUGUAGGAGGAAUGUUGGCCAGGAUUGGCAACAGAUUGCUCAUGUACGUGAAAUCUAUCUUGACAGUGUCAAGAUCUAGAUCUCAUAAUGUUGUCUUACUUACAUCCUUCCAUAGUUAAUGAAUUGCAGGUAUAUAUAUAGUCUAAUUUUCAGUUCUCUCCACUCCAUGUGUAACUUGGAACUGUAAUGGCGCUAUUUGGUAGAUGAAUAAUGAAUUUUCACAUCUCUCCACCUCCACGAGCCACCUCGUGGAGAGAGAUAUGAUAAGAAGAGAGAAUUGAGAAUAAUGUAUUAUUAUUUGGCUCUCAUUAACAAUUUAAUUAGUUCAACUAACAAUGUAUUAUUAUUUUGUCUUUUAA